AUGGUGUUCCCACCCCCACCUCCACCCAAGAAGCCUCUUGGACAGUAUAGGCUACUAGCACCAAAUGCCUCUAUCUGGGUCUCUCCCCUCUGUCUUGGGACCAUGAAUUUUGGAAAGGCUUGGGUUGACUUUAUGGGAGAAUGCGACCAGAAAACCGCCAAUGAAAUCCUCGAUUACUACUAUGAGCAGGGCGGUAACUUCCUCGACACGGCUAAUAACUACCAAGACGAAGAAUCCGAGAAAUGGAUCGGAGAAUGGAUGGCCAAAAAGCAAAACCGCGACCAGAUGGUUAUCGCUACUAAAUUCACAACCGCGUUCCGAGCCGGCCGCGGGGAGAAGGAGAUCCUCAUCAACACCGGGGGCAAUGGCACCAAAUCGCUGCACGUCUCACUGGAAGCUAGUUUGAAGAAACUCCAAACUUCAUACGUCGACAUUUUGUAUGUUCACUGGUACGACUGGACCUGCUCCGUCGCAGAGAUGAUGCAGGCCCUUAACGUUAUGAUAAACCAAGGCAAGGUUCUUUAUCUUGGUGUUUCCGACACACCCGCUUGGGUUGUCUCUAAGUGCAACGAAUACGCGCGCCAAAAUGGACUCCGCCAGUUCUCUGUCUACCAGGGACGAUGGUCUGCUGAGUAUAGGGAUUUCGAGCGUGAUAUUAUUCAGAUGUGCGCAGCUGAAGGCAUGGGGAUGGCUCCCUGGGGAACACUGGGCGGUGGAGCUUUCAAGUCCGAGGAGCAGCGCAAGAGCCAAGAGAAGGGACGAAAUGCCGGCCCGCCCAGUGAGGCUGCUGUCAAUAUCAGCAAAGUCCUCGAGAAGCUCGGCAAUAAACACAAGGCGCAAAUCACGAGCAUUGCGUUGGCAUAUGUUAUGCACAAAGCUCCAUACGUGUUCCCCAUCGUGGGUGGCCGCAAAAUUGACCAUCUGAAGGGUAAUAUCGACGGCUUGGGCGUGGCUCUAUCGGAUGAAGAUAUCGAGGAGAUUGAUGGCGCGAAUGCUUUUGAUAUUGGCUUCCCGCAGAACUUCUUGGGUGGCCCCAAGGGCGUUAGGACGAAUAACGAUCUCUGGUUGAUGAAUUUCGCUGGGCAUCGACAGGAUGUUGCUAAGCCGAAGGCGAUUGGUCCUACUGGUCCAGAUUUCAAAGCAUAA